AUGGCAUUAACUAAUGCAGAAAAGCAGAGAAGAUAUCGGGAAAAGAGAGACAGUGAUCCUCAGAGAAGGUCACAGUACCCGGAAAAGAGAAGACUUAGAUAUAUCCAAGAUGUAGCUGUCGGGAAACGGAAACACGUAGACCAGCUGAGUUCGAGAGAUCAACGACAGCAACGAAGAACAUGGCGGAAAAUUCAAAAACUCUGCAGAAAGAGAAAAAAGGACAAUCAGAAUUUACUUACCCCUCCUGAUUCUCCAAUACUUGCUCAGCCACAUCAACAAUCUUCUGGGGCCAAACGUCGCGAAAAGUCUAGAGCAAAAUGUUAUCGUGAUAAGAUCAAGUUACAAGAGCAGCUGCGAGAAGAGAGAAAGAAAAAAAUGAUGUAUAUGAAGUAUGAAGAGAUGGUUGAGAGAAAAAGAGAAAAACACGAAAUGUUCAGUUGA